UGGGUGAUUGGGGUCAAAUAAUAAUUGAAAAGUGUACUCUACUACGGAGUGUAGUAACACAGUUCCAGUCUGACGGCUCCAACUUUUCCUCAAAUCUCGAUUCCCGAACAUAGACACCCGGAUCUGGAAAUUCGCCGGCCGUCAAAUCCUACCGUCGGAAAUGGCUUUAUCGACACGGCGAAUCGCUGCUCUCCUGAAUCCGUUCUCGGUGGCGGUCUCCUCCCUCCGCCACCUCUCCACCGAUUCCGCCGCCGCCAUCACCGUCGAGACUAAUCUCCCCUUCAGCGCCCACAACGUCGAUCCUCCUCCGCGCACCGUCGAGACGACGGAUAAGGAGCUCAUGGGCUUCUUCCGAGAUAUGGCGCUGAUGCGUCGGAUGGAGAUCGCCUCCGACUCGCUCUACAAGGCCAAGCUCAUUCGGGGCUUCUGUCACCUGUACGACGGCCAGGAAGCGGUUGCUGUUGGCAUGGAGUCCGCGAUUACUAGAAAGGACUGCAUCAUCACGGCGUACCGAGACCACUGCAUCUACCUUGCCCGCGGGGGGACGCUACUGGGGGCGUUUUCUGAGCUUAUGGGACGAAAGGACGGGUGUUCUAAGGGGAAAGGAGGCUCGAUGCACUUUUACAAGAAGGAUAGUGGAUUUUACGGAGGCCAUGGGAUAGUAGGGGCUCAGGUUCCGCUAGGUAUUGGAUUGGCGUUUGCUCAGAAGUACUCAAAAGAGGAUUAUGUCUCAUUCUCCUUGUAUGGAGAUGGUGCUGCCAACCAGGGUCAACUGUUUGAAGCUUUGAACAUGGCCGCGCUUUGGGAUUUGCCUGCUAUUCUGGUUUGCGAGAAUAAUCACUAUGGAAUGGGGACUGCAGAAUGGAGGGCAGCCAAAAGUCCUGCCUAUUAUAAGAGAGGAGAUUAUGUUCCUGGUUUAAAGGUGGAUGGUAUGGAUGUCCUUGCUGUAAAACAGGCAUGCAAAUUUGCAAAGGAUCAUGCUCUAAAGAAUGGACCAAUAAUUCUUGAAAUGGACACCUAUAGGUAUCAUGGGCACUCUAUGUCUGAUCCUGGAAGCACCUAUCGUACAAGGGAUGAGAUCAGUGGAGUUAGACAGGAACGUGAUCCGGUCGAAAGAGUCAGAAAGUUAAUAUUAUCUCAUGAUUUAGCAACUGAAAAAGAGCUGAAGGAUAUUGAGAAAGAAGUGAGGAAAGAGGUAGAUGAAGCCAUAACAAAGGCUAAGGAGAGCCCCAUGCCAGAUGCUUCUGAACUCUUUACGAAUGUAUAUGUGAAAGGUUUCGGAACUGAGGCAUUUGGAGCAGACAGGAAAGAGGUGAGAGCAACACUCCCCUGAGUCAAAAGCAUUUGGCGACACCCUUAUUGGCCUCCGCCGAUUUAAUACACACACACACACAUGAGAGAGAUUUAGAACAUAAAAAACAUACUAAAUCUUUCCAUGUGCGUGAGGCGAAUGGUUAGAUCUCUUGUGACGCGGUUUUUGAUAGUGUAAUUAUUUUGAAUGAAUAAAUAAUGAUUCUCAAUGCACAAUGGAGCAGUUUUGCUAGAAAGUUUCUGAGGAUGCUUACUCAUUUCCAGUUGGUAUAAAUCAUGGCCUUUGAUCAAAGUAGCAUUUGAUCUAAUAAAGAACCAUUCUAUUGAAGAGUGUCUGUUUUGUGCCUAAGAAUGUUUUUUU